CUGGUCGAAAGAAGCUUGUGUUUUCUUGGCCAAGUCACCUGUACGGACGAAGAUGGACGGCUAUUUGGUGUUAUUGGGAGAAUUCCCCUUAAUAUCAAUUCUCCCUCUCAUUUCAUCAGCGAGCCAAGGCGCGGUGCAUUGCGGUUCAGAAAGUUGCCUUGCCUCCCUCAAAUGGAUAUGGCGGCAUGCGUUUCUUGUUUUUCAUGGUCUGAAGUCUGGCUCCCCCAAUGAUGAGGGAGGGCGCGCCAUGUGCCACUCCCUCUCAGCCAUGGUUGUAUGUCUACAUCAUGCUGCCUGAUGAGGGAAGCGCCAUUCAUCCACACCUUUAUGCCGACGGGAGACGUUGAAAGGUGGCUUGAUGGUAACCACCCAGUCUGCAGGGCAAGCAAUGCUGAUACUUUGCGUCUAGAUAGCGGUUGAUACCAGUUGCUUAAGAAGCUACCGCCUCAGAGAGCGGGUGCAACCCACGGAACGGCUUGGU